GAAGGUAGGCUCCAGUAUAAAAGAAGAUUACUGUAAGGCAACACAGAGAACAGAGAGCGCACGAGAAGUCCGAAUUAGGCGUCCAGCAAUACUAGAAAAGGCAUCACCUUUGCAAGUGUCACUGUAUUACCAUGAUUCAACUUGCGGUUUUCUCGUUGUUGCUUCUUCACUGUACCCACGUUUGUUCGUUUAAUUUGGAUGAACUGAAAAACUACAUUGAUAGCCACCAAGAAGAUUAUGUACUGACCUUGAGAGAUUGGGUUGCUGUGGAAAGUGAUUCCAGUGAUGCACUGAAGAGAGAUGAAUUAAUGAGAAUGAUGAAAAUCACCGAAAACAAGUUCAAUGAUAUGAAAGGACACACAAACCUGUUUGAUAUUGGUAACCAGGAGCUUCCUAAUGGUCAGAUUAUUCCUCUACCAGUGGUUGUCACUGCUAGUUUUGGUAACGACUCGAACAAGGCCACAGUCUGCAUUUAUGGCCACGUUGAUGUACAGCCUGCUAGAAUGGACGACGGAUGGGACACAGAGCCCUACAAUUUAACUGAAAUUAAUGGAAAUCUUUAUGGACGAGGAGCAUCUGAUAACAAGGCUCCAGUUCUUGCCUGGAUACAUGCAGUAGAAGCCUAUCAGGCACUGGACAUGGAUCUUCCUGUAAAUGUUAAAUUCAUAAUUGAAGGAAUGGAAGAAACUGGAUCAAACGGCCUGGAUGAGUUGAUCAGUAAACAAAAAGACGACUUCUUUUCCGAUGUCGACUACAUCAUCAUUUCAGACUGUGGGUGGCUUAGCAGGAAACCUGCUCUUACAUAUGGAACUCGAGGAAACUGCUACUUCUUUGCAGAGGUAGAAGGUCCUAAACAGGAUUUACAUUCUGGAGUCUAUGGGGGUUCAGUUUUCGAACCUAUGAUUGACCUCAUUGGCCUAUUAGACACCCUCAUUGAUUCCAAUGGUCACAUCCUGAUCCCUGGUAUCAAUGAAGCAGUUGCUGAGCUCACAGAGGAGGAGAGGAAGCGCUAUGAGGCAAUUGAAUUUGACGUAGAGAACUUCAAGAAUAAGAUUGGAACAGACGGUCUUAUGUAUGAUACCAAGGAAGAAAUACUUUCACACCGCUGGCGCUACCCUUCCUUGUCUAUCCAUGGAAUUGAAGGUGCUUUCUCUGCCUCUGGUUCCAAAACUGUUAUCCCUGCAAAAGUGACUGCAAAAUUCUCAAUCCGUCAGGUCCCUGAUAUGGACCCCCCAACUGUGGAAAAACAGGUGACCACUUAUUUAAAUGAUAUGUUUGCUAAACGCAAGACCCCAAACAAGCUGAAAGUCACCAUGAUUAUUGGAGCCAAACCGUGGCUUGCUGAUGUCAGUGAUCCCCUGUAUGUUGCAGGCAGAAGAGCUGUCCAAAAAGUGUUUGGAGUGGAACCUGACUUGAUCCGAGAGGGUGGAACCAUUCCAGUUGCUAGAACCUUCCAGGAUGUCACAGGAAAGAGUAUUAUAAUGCUGCCCAUUGGAGGAUUUGAUGAUGGCUUACAUUCGCAAAAUGAGAAGAUGAGCAGGUAUAAUUACAUAGAGGGAACAAAACUCUUCGCCGCCUAUCUGCAUGAAGUUUCACAGAUUAAUAAAUCAUAAGUUUACAACUGAGAAACAGAGACUUCUUAGAUGUAAAGUCCAGAGGAAGGCUACAGUACUUUUGUGUAAUGCUAGAUAUGUGGUACCUUUUUAAAAUAAACACUUUUAAAUGGU